GAGUCAUUCUUUACCUCUUUUAUCUCCCUCCACCUUAUUAUUCGCAUAUUCUUUUAUCCACCACCACUACCAUUUAUAAACCUUCGCCCUUCAAACUAAACUCCUAAUCAUAAUUAUCAAAAAAAGAAAAAGAAAAAUCUUAUCCAAAACUCCAAUCGCCGAGUCAAUUCAACAUGACUCGGCGGUGUUCCCAUUGCAACAACAAUGGCCACAAUUCCCGGACUUGUCCCACCACCAGGGGUGGCACCCCCACCGGCGGUGUCGGUAGUUCCUCCGGCGGCGGCGGAGGAGUAAGUGGAGGUGUACGGCUAUUUGGUGUGAGGCUUACAGAUGGUUCGAUCAUGAAGAAAAGUGCAAGCAUGGGAAAUUUAUCUUCUCUUCACUCUUAUCAUUCUUCUUCUUCGCCUAAUCCGCCAGGUUCCCCUUCUUCUGAUGUUCCUCAUUUGCCUGAUGGUUACCUCUCUGAUGAUCCCAAUACGCAUGCCUCUAUUUCUGCUAAUCGACGACUUGAAAGGAAAAAAGGUGUUCCAUGGACAGAGGAAGAGCACCGGCUUUUCCUGCUUGGUUUACAGAAAUUAGGCAAAGGAGACUGGCGGGGUAUAUCUCGAAACUUCGUGACAUCAAGGACUCCCACCCAGGUAGCUAGCCAUGCACAGAAGUAUUUUAUUCGGCAGAGUAAUGCUACUCGGAGAAAGAGAAGAUCCAGUCUUUUUGACAUUGUUGCAGAUACGGGGACCGAUGCUUCCCAUCCACUUUCAGAAGAGCAAUUUAUGCUCCCACCUAGAGCAAUAGAAAGUGAUAAGGAACACUUAGCACCUUCUGCAACAAAAGCAAUAGAAACUGAUUUUGCGGAUACACUCCCUUCCCUAGAUCUUUCUCUCAAGUCAGAUUUUGAAUCCAUGGAAACCACUCCAAGUGAACCUGUUGAAGAAACGAAACCAAAUACCACAACCAACGAGAUUCCUUCAGUAUAUCCAGCAUUCUUCCCAGCUUACAUUCCAGUUCCAUAUUCCUUCUGGCCAUCAAAUGCAGUUCCUGUGCCUGAAGAUAGAGGAGCAGAACCAUCCCAUCAUCAGAUCCUCAAGCCAAUUCCAACCAUCCCCAAAGAACCCGUGAAUGUAGAUGAACUAGUGGGCAUGUCCCAGCUCACCUUAGCGGAUGCUGGUUCCGGCCAUAUCGAGCCUUCGCCACUUUCCCUUAAGCUAACAGCAGAACCAUCAAGGCAAUCAGCAUUUCAUGCGAGCACACCAGUCAAAACCGCAGAGAUUACCAAGGGUGAAACUGCUCCAAUUCAAGCAGUUUAAACUUUUACUUUUGUUUCUUUUAAGGGUGUAACUGUGUUUUCCUCCUGCUCUUCUAUGUAACAUAGGUUAGGUAAUCUUUGGGAGCAGUCAGUAGGUGAAUUAAGCUGGAGUUCAUUCUUUACCCUUGUAUAGAAGUAGGGUGUCUAACAAACCUAAGACUCUGGAGUUUGAUGUAAAUUGUUGGCUUCUUUAUAAUGGAUUUUAUUUUCUCAAGAGGAGAAAUAAGAAGAGGCCACUGAUCCUGUUAAGUGCGAGGGGCGACGGAUAAGUAUAUCUUUGGCGUGGUGUAUCUCCAAUUUGGCUAGCUAUGGUUAUAGAGUUGAUUGUCUAA